CCAAGUUGACCGCUGCCGUAAAUGCGACUAAAAGGAUGUCAGCAACGGAUGUGGUGCAGUGCGCGAGGCAGGCCGCCUCGGCAGACAUGGCUGGGUUUUCUUUCAAUGGAACCUGCACAGCCUACAAAUUUGGCGAGAAACUUUGCUCCUGUUCGACAGCAGAACAAGUCAUUUACGUGACCGACUCCAGCGUUUCCUACGGAACUCCCUCAAGUGUUCCUUUCAGCGCUGCUCCCUACGUCAACGUCACUGUCGAGAACACCGAAUUUAAGCAGUACAAGCUCGUGAAUGUCUUCCUGGAUGUCAUUGAGAACCAAAUUAUAGAGCCAAAUGACAAGCUUCUGUUUGACUUUCUGUACGAUAGCUUCUGUUUGACCCCGGCAAAUAUCCGGAAAGUUGCCAAGUACGACACCCUCCAGGACCGGCAGGGCGAUCUUGGCAUCACCGGGGCGAGCGAGGUGUUCCUAUCUUCGGCGACCUUGAGUUGGCGUGGAUAUUGGGCGAUGGACUCGGCCAGGGCGCUUAAGGUCCUUGGUCUAUCCAAUGGAGACCAGUUAAGUCCAUCCAGUCUAUCCAGUCAAAGUCCUAACCUGGACUGA